AUGGUUAUAAACGUUGCCUUCACAAACGUUGUUGGUAAAACAAUUCAAACUCAAUUACCUGAUGAUUUUACUUUCGAUGAUUUCAAAAAAGUCGUCGUCGAUAAAAUCGAUCAUGACGCUGUCGAACACUAUCGUUUUAUUGCCAACAACAAAGAUUUGUGCUUAGACAACAAAGAUGAAUUUACAAAACGAAAACAUCUGAUAAAAAAUGGCGGAAACAUUUUUCUUCUACGUCGAAUGCACGGCGGUGGACAUGUUGAGGCCGCUAUUCUCAUCGACAUCAUCAUCGAGGAAUUACCCGGAGAACUUCCGAAACUUCGCAUGCAGUCAGGAGAAUGUGUUGUCUGCUUGGACGAAAAGCCGUGUAUGACACUUUGCUGCAGCGUUAUAUGUCUAACAUGUUUUCCUCGUUAUUUCAAAGAAAAUGAUCUUCGUGUUAGGUGUAUGAUAUGUCCUCAAGAAGUCCCGUAUUCGCAAUUUUUCGUUACGCGGGAUUUCAUCCGUGCACUGGAGUCGCUGAAUGAAAUUCGUGAGUUGAUGAAACAUAUCGACUGUCAAAUCUGCCAUUGUGGCGCACUGGUCGUGAAUGAAACUCUUUAUGCUCAACAGACGUGUCAGAAUUGUCGUCGCAUAUUCUGCUUCUUUUGUAAUAAGGAUUGGAAAGAUGGACCAGAACCUCGACACAAUCAACUUUUUACAUGUGGGGUCAACUGCGAUUAUGAUAUGAAAUUAAACUAUGAUUUAGUUCCGUAUGUUCAAAACAAAGAGAUCGAAAUUCCAAAUAGUCGCGUCUGUACAAAAUGCUUUAAUGUCGGUGGUUAUGAUGGUAAAUGCAAGUAUCAUAAAUGUGUUGUGUGUAAACACACAUUUUGUUUCUUAUGUUUGGCACCAAAAAAUCAGUGUGAGAAGACCCCCAAUAGUAUCAGAGAAGUGUGUACAACGGUGAAACGGCAAGACUUUACUAUGUUUCCUCGUAUUACUAAAUCAUAG